ACAUUCUCCUCCAGUGUACAAGCGAGACCGGUAUGCAAGGAGCCGGCGACUAGCACACAACACAAUGAGGUGGUCGGCUGGAUACCGUCCUUCCCCGGCAUCCCCAUAUGGCGUCGCGAGAGCGGGCUAAUGAAACCCUAAAUAAGUUCUGGAGGAACACCAUUCUGACUCGGAACAACAUCACUGACAUCCGCUCAUCAUCCCCAUGGCAGACGAGGACAUGUGGCGCCCGCCCGCCAACAGACUGAUGCGAACCUUGGAUCGAUCAGCCUUCCAGCGCAAUGUCGACCUCAAAGCCGCUCGAGUUUUCGAGAACAAGAACAUUUUCAGCGUGAGAACCGCUCUGGAGAAGAGCAAGGAUGCUCUAGCCAAAGAGCGCUUGGGGAGCGUACAUCCUGACCCGGAUCCAUCUCGAGCACAGAGCGGCAAGAAGUGCGUCUUGCUGAGACCUGAGACGACCACAGGUAUCGACCCUCAAUAUGCUGCAGCACAUCCCAAGAGCACAGGACCGCAUUCUUCGACAGUGGCGGAACUUGCGAGCCAGGGUUUGAUCAGUGUCAUACCAUUCCAGCUCAAGUUGGACUACUCGUACUGGACGUAUCACGACAUCAUUUCUGCAAUACUCCCUGAGGAUGAACAGGGAGAGAUACCGUCCGGAUUCUCGCAAGUCGGGCAUGUUGCUCACUUGAAUCUGCGCGACGAAUAUCUCAAGUACAAACACCUCAUCGCGGAGAUCCUGAUGGACAAAAACGCCGGAGUGCGUACUGUGAUUAAUAAAAUCGAUGAUGUGGGUGAGGAAAGCGAAUACAGAACGUUCCAGUACGAAGUUCUCGCCGGACCGGACGACAUGAACGUUACGAUUUCCGAGGAAAAUUGCACCUUCAAAUUCGACUAUAGCAAAGUUUAUUGGAACAGCCGACUCAACACUGAACACCGUCGCUUGGUAUCGAUAUUCAAUGAAGGUGAAGCAGUAUGCGAUGUCAUGGCUGGCAUUGGACCAUUUGCCGUACCCGCAGGCAAGAAGCACAUCUUCAUGUGGGCCAAUGAUCUAAACCCGGACAGCUAUGAAUGUCUACGGGAUGCCAUAUCUCGCAACCGAGUUCAAGAUUAUGUACAGCCAUUCAACGAAGACGGAAGAACGUUCAUUCGUCGCGCUGUUCAAGAGCUCGCCAAAGCGGAGCACACCGUGCAUGUGACGAAGCGACCAUCGAGAAAAGAGCCGGAUGCCAAACCAGAAGUGUUGAAAACACUUCACCAGCCACGAACGUUUCAGCAUUUCGUGAUGAACCUUCCAGCUACAGCAAUCACCUUUUUGCCGAGCUUCAUUGGAGUGUACACCCCUGAACUUCGUCAGCUCCUGGGAGCAGAAUUGCGCAUGCCCUUGAUUCACGUAUACUGCUUCAGCACGAAGAGUGAUGACAACGUGAAGGAAGGUCUUGAGAUCGCAGCAGAGAUCUCUCGACAGUUGGAGACGACUCUUAGGCCCGGCAAAAUCGAAGAUGGCGAUGUCCAGAUCUACGACGUUCGAGAUGUGGCACCUAAAAAGCGGAUGUUUUGUGCGAGCUUUCGGCUACCAGAGGAAGUUGCGUUUCGAGAGCUAGAUGCCAGCUCAUGAGCUCGACAUCUUGGCACUUGACAGCCAUUCGCAUCCCAGCUUUCGGAACCGAAUGCCACCUUCUCGCCUAUCGCAGCUGCUGUAGCUUCUAAGCCAUUGCAAGCUUCCUACGGAAAUCCUAGCACACUAGGGCUGUGAGAGAUCAACAGGUCGGUGCAGCACUUGGCGAGGAAUACUCUG